GCUUAAAGUAUUAAACCCUAAACCUCAAAAAAUCCCAGAAGCCCAAAUGUUGAUAAUCUCCCUCUGUCUGUAAAUUGUAGCAACAUCAAAAUGGCAGCAGCCAUGAAAAUCCUAUUGUCCCAGCAGGGUAGCCGCCGGUGUUUGUGGUUGCCCAGCUCCUAUUUCCGUAGAUAUUUUUGCUCUGAACCAAAACAACACCCAGAUCCCUUAAUAAUCGAACCAGUCUCUUACCCAGUAAGAUCUGAACAUGAGAGCCAAGAAAAUUCCCAAGAACAAGAACAACAGCAGCAACAACCUCUCAGAAGAAGAAGUCAGCAAGAACAAGGUUGGAGUCGGGAGGACUUCCGUUACAUGAAGGACGCUCCUCCAUCCAUUUCAAUAACCCCAGUGUCAUACGCACCACGGGUUGCGCCGCUGCCGGAGGACAGGGUUCAAGGACGGGACGCACACAAUGUUGAUAUGGAGAGAGAGAGGAUGAGGAUUGAGGCGCGGAGGAAUCUGGGGAGAAGAGCUUUUAAGGUUGUGGAAGAGGAGGGAAAAGUGGUGCUGCCUUUUCCUAGAUUAAUCAAGCCUGUUAAAAAGGAAAAGAAGCCUCUUUUUGACUUGAAUGAGGCUAUUAAGCAAGUCAAGGCUAAUGCCAGGAAUACUUUUGAUGAGACUAUUGAAGCACAUGUAAAAUUGAGUAUAGAUAAAUCUCGAUCUGACCUGAUAGUUCGCGGCACCUUGGCUUUGCCUCACGGUGGUAAGAAGGUUCUCAGGGUGGCUGUCUUUGCUGAAGGUGCAGAUGCAGAUGAAGCAAGAGCCGCGGGAGCUGAUAUUGUUGGAGGUGUUGAACUUAUUGAUCAAAUUGCAAAAGCUGGCAAGAUUGACUUUGAUCAUUGUUUCACGACUCCACAAUUUUUCCCUCGCAUUGCUAAGCUGGGGAAGAUUCUCAAUCGUCAAGGUUUGAUGCCUGAUCUUAAACAAGGUACUGUUGUCAGUGAUGUUUCUAAAGCAGUAAAGAAUGCAAAAAAGAAUCAAAUUAAGUUUAAAAUGGACAAAACAGCAAUUGUGCAUGUGGGGCUUGGAAAGGUGAGUUUUACAGAAGAGUCUUUGCGCGAGAAUGUAGGUGCAUUUAUGAAUGCUCUUCUGCAAGCAAAGCCCGCAGGCUUAAAGAAGACUUCCAAAUAUGCUGGAUACGUCAACUCCUUCCAUAUUUGCAGCACUAUGGGGCAGGGAUUCCCUGUUUCAAUACAGUCAUUAUCCAAAGCUGUAGAUUACUACAGCAAAGUGCACCUGAAGUGAUCUGGUCCCAGCACAAUUACAGCACUCAAACUUGCUGGUUUUUGUCAAGAAAUUAUUUGGCAUAAUUUUGAGUUUUUACAAACCAAACAGUUUCAUCCGAAGUGUUGCGCUUGAUGGAAUAACCGGAAAGUUUUGCAUUGACGGUCUGCAGUGAAGUUGACUGUGCCGCUGGCUUUAGAAUUGGUAAUGGGAGAAAACAUGGAGCAAGCUCUAGCGAGAUUAAAAGAUAGGCUGGGGGGUUUAAUUUCGAGUCAUGAGUAAUUUCUCAAAUGGGUUCUGAAAACUGAAUGCAAUGAAUUAAUUUAAGACUAAGAGUCAUGCCUUUUCUCUAA